CGGUGACGGAGAGAAAACCGGCCGGUAAGGUUGGGCUCCUUAUUUCCUAUAUAAACCCGUUUUCUCCCUUGACAAUUCGCACAUUUAAUGGAAACUAGAGAAAGAUCCUCUUAUUUUUCCUCUCUAAAUUUAUAACCUAAUUUCUCUCCCUUUUUCAAUCCUGGCUCGGUACUUCUGCAGUUCUUGAAGAGCUUGUUUUCUAUGUGGAUCUUUUGCUGACUAGUAUACCCAGUUAGAUCUUGUUGGAAUAAUCAUAUAGCUUGUAUGCAUUUAUAUAUGAAAUGGGCUCCCGUGGAAGACCAUUAUUUGAUCUUAAUGAACCCCCGGCUGAAGACGAUGAGGAGAGUGAUCUUGCUUCCUGCUUCCAGCCACAAAAGGCACUUCCAUCUGCUAAUGCCCAUACUUCCGACUUAUCUGUGACAUUAACAGGUUCUCAGCAAAGAGUUAAUUGUGACGGGUUCUUGCAUGUGUCCUCUGACUUAGGUUUUCAAACAUUUAUUCAGCCUAAAGCUUCUCCUUUAACCAAAGUAGAUAUUGAACUCGAGAGAGCAGAAGACCAGAAUUCCAAUUUGGCAUCAUCUUCUUCAAAGUCAAAAUCAAAUAAUAGCAGGGAGACGAAAGGACAUGUAGCAGCUUCCUCUGUUUCAGCUUCUACAAAUGCUCAAGCUGCAGAAAGAGAAGAAGGUGAAUGGUCUGAUGCUGAGGAUUCUGCUGAUGCAUCUGGAAAUAAUAGUAUACAUGAAGAGGUUAAAGCUUCACAAAAGCGAGCUAUAAAUGAACUGAUGGAUCAUUCUAGUGCUUCAGGCAUGAUUAUUCAAAGUGUUAGUGCCACUGAAAACAAUCAUUCUCCAUUAAAGCCGGACCAGUUUCUAAAUGAUCAGAUGGGCAACAGUAGCCAAAAUUCAGAAGGCAGUGGAAAAGGUGAUAUACCCAUUGAUGGUCAAGAAGAACCUGGCUUAGUGUCCAAACAAAGAGAAGUUAAAGGUAUUGAAGCUAGUCACACACUUAGGUGUGCGAAUAAUCUAGGAAAGAGGAAGAUAGGUCAACAGAAAGAAGCAAUGCUGGGAAAGAAACGGAAUAGAAAGACAAUGUUUCUUAAUUUGGAAGAUAUCAAACAAGCUGGCCCUAUAAAAACUUCUACUCCAAGAAAGCAAAACAUUCCAAUGCCAGUUGUUACUCGCAUUGUGAAAGAAUAUCACGUUGGUGAACGAAUUGGCGAAAAGCAAGGCCGGCCAAUAAAUGAGGAUCAGAAGCAAGUUGAUGUACCAUGUAAUGAAGGAAGCAAUCCUGCAGUAGAGUCAUGUGAUCCUAAAUCUGAAUGUAAUGGUGAUAUGAAUUCUGGACUACUUGCCAGGCCUAGGAGGUUAAAUAGUGGCUCUGAUCUUUCUCAUUUACCAAGCAUUCCCAAACAGAGUUCAUGGAAGCAACCUAUAGAUUCAAGGCAACUUAAGAAUUCACAGUUUCCUAAUAGGAAACCAACUCCAAUCAGCCAAAGCGCUAUGGACACAAAGAUGGUAAACAAGAAACAUCUUCCUUCUAAAAAGAUAACUGCCACUACUACCUCUUAUCAUGACACAUCUGUUGAACGUUUUAUACGAGAGGCGACGAAUGAAAAGUUUUGGCACCACCCAGAAAACAGUGAACUCCAGUGUGUUCCUGGGCAGUUUGAAUCUGCAGAAGAGUAUGUCAGAGUAUUUGAGCCGUUGCUUUUUGAGGAAUGUCGUGCACAGCUGUACAGUACAUGGGAAGAGUUAGCUGAAUCAGCUUCAAGAGAUACACAUGUAAUGGUCCGUAUCAAAAGCAUUGAAAGGCGUGAAAGAGGAUGGUAUGAUGUGAUAGUUCUUCCCACUACUGAGUGCAAGUGGGUAUUUAAGGAGGGUGAUGUUGCAGUUUUAUCUGCUCCAAGGCCGGGUUCUGUUAGAAACAAGUGGAGCAACACCUCUUCAAUUGAAGAAGAUGAGGAAGCCGAGGUUACUGGACGUGUGGCUGGUACUGUUAGGCGCCACAGGCCCCUUGAUACUCGUGAUCCUCUUGGUGCAAUCCUUCACUUCUAUGUUGGGGAUUCCUAUGACUCAAGCAGUAAUGUUUAUAGCAAGGUUGAUGAUGAUCAUAUUCUACGGAAACUUCAACCCAGGGCUAUUUGGUAUCUAACUGUUCUUGGAUCUCUUGCAACCAGCCAGCGGGAGUAUGUGGCAUUGCAUGCAUUCUGUCGUCUUAAUGCCCAGAUGCAAACUGCCAUCCUUAAACCAAGUCCAGAUCACUUUCCAAAAUAUGAGCAACAAACUCCUGCUAUGCCUGAAUGCUUCACCCCAAAUUUUGUUGAUUAUUUACAUAGGACCUUUAAUGGGCCUCAGCUUGCUGCAAUCCAGUGGGCAGCUACGCAUACAGCCGCUGGGACAAAUAGUGGGGUGGCUAAGAAGCAAGAGCCAUGGCCUUUUACACUUGUUCAAGGGCCUCCUGGAACAGGUAAGACACAUACAGUCUGGGGGAUGCUAAAUGUCAUCCAUCUGGUUCAAUAUCAACACUACUAUACUUCUUUGCUCAAGAAAUUAGCACCUGAAAGCUAUAAGCAAGCUAAUGAGAGCAAUCCUGACAAUGUUGCGAUGGGAUCAAUUGAUGAAGUCCUUCAGAACAUGGACCAGAAUCUUUUCCGCAGCCUUCCAAAACUCUGCCCUAAACCCAGAAUGUUAGUUUGUGCUCCUUCUAAUGCUGCAACUGAUGAGCUUCUUGCGCGUGUUCUUGGUCGAGGAUUUAUUGAUGGUGAGAUGAAAAUUUACCGUCCUGAUGUGGCCCGAGUUGGGGUGGACUCUCAAACACAGGCUGCUCAGGCAGUUUCCGUUGAGCGGAGGUCCGAACAACUUCUGCUCAAGAGUUAUGAUGAAAUUUUACAACAUAUGCGCACUUUAAAGGCUCGUGAGGCUAUGUUAUCUCAGCAGAUAGCAACUCUUCAAAGGGAACUUUUUGCUGCAGCUGCUGCUAUUCAUUCUCAAGGAUCUGUUGGUGUUGACCCUGAUAUUCUUGUUGCUCGGGAUCAGAACAGGGAUGUAUUGUUGCAGAACCUGGCUGCAGUUGUUGAAAACAGAGAUAAGGUUCUAGUUGAGAUGUCUCGCCUUCUCAUUGUAGAAUCCAGGUUCCGUGCUGGCAGUAACUUCAACUUAGAGGAAGCCCGUGCUAACCUUGAGGCCAGUUUUGCCAAUGAGGCUGAAAUUGUUUUCACUACUGUCUCAAGUAGUGGCCGCAAGUUGUUCUCUCGCCUUAGCCAUGGUUUUGAUAUGGUUGUCAUUGAUGAGGCUGCUCAAGCCAGUGAAGUUGCGGUACUUCCUCCCCUGUCUCUUGGUGCAGCAAGAUGUGUACUUGUUGGGGAUCCCCAGCAGCUUCCUGCAACAGUCAUCAGCAAGGCUGCUGGCACCCUCUUAUACAGUAGAAGCCUUUUUGAAAGGUUCCAGCAAGCAGGAUGCCCAACUAUGUUGUUAUCUGUGCAAUAUAGGAUGCACCCUCAAAUUAGAGAUUUUCCUUCUAGGUACUUUUACCAAGGACGUCUUACUGAUAGUGAAAGCGUUUCCAACUUACCUGACGAGGUUUACUACAAGGACCCUUUACUUAAACCUUAUAUGUUCUAUGAUGUUACCCAUGGCCGGGAGUCUCAUAGAGGUGGAUCUGUUUCGUACCAGAACGUGCAUGAAGCAGUAUUUUGUUUGCGCUUAUAUGAGCAUCUACAGAGAACUAUAAAAUCUUUGGGUGUGCCAAAAAUCACAGUGGGUAUAAUCACCCCAUACAAGCUGCAAUUAAAAUGCCUACAACGUGAGUUUGAGAGUGUUAUAAAAUCAGAGGAAGGGAAUGAUCUAUAUAUCAAUACUGUGGAUGCAUUCCAGGGCCAGGAACGUGAUGUUAUAAUUAUGUCUUGUGUCCGAGCCUCAAGUCAUGGGGUGGGCUUCGUUGCAGACAUUCGGCGAAUGAAUGUUGCUCUUACUCGUGCCAGAAGGGCUUUAUUGGUUAUGGGUAAUGCCAAAGCUCUGGUGCAAUCCGAUGACUGGGCAGCCUUAAUUGCUGAUGCCAAAGCUAGGAAUUGUUAUGUGGACAUGGAUUCUCUCCCCAAGGACUUCCAAAAAGACUUGGUCUCCAAAGAUUUUUCUGGGCCCAGGGGACUUGGUUACCCUCCAUCGCAGGGUAAGGCUUCUAACACAAGGAGUUUCAGGUAUGCUGGACCGAGACAUAGAUCAGGAGAUAUGCACAUGGACUCCAGGUCAGGAACACCUCUAGAAGAUGCAGGCAAGUCGAUUUAUAGGAAUGGUAAUUAUCGGCCAUUUAAGCCACCUAUGGAACCUUCCUUGGAUAACUUUGAUCAGGCAGGUGAUAAAUCUAGAGAUGCCUGGCAAUAUGGUACACAGAAGCGAAAUUCAGCUGGUGCUCUGUGGAAAAAGGAUUCUUAGCCAUUGAUUAUUUGCCUACAAAAUAUUUGUGCUCAGUGAAGAUCCUGGGAGCAAAACUUCGAUCCUUGUGAUUGAAAUUCGUGAAUAGCUAUUGGCUCCACAAAGGAUGCAGUUCAGUAGCUCGAGUUAUUUAUCUGUUCAGCCAACGCAAUUUACAAGAAGUUGGUACCACUGCGUGAUUUGUGUAUGAUACUUGCUGGUGGGCACCAACAUGCUUUUGCUCGAGGCCUCGUACUGUUUUUGCUAAAAAUCUGUCUCUGCAAAGUUUUUUUCCUGCUAUCUUGCAAAGGAGAUGGAUGAUUUUGGGGUAGGAUCUAUGAAACUGUACCCUAGAUCCAGCCACAAGCUUCGAAGAUGUGUCAUCCAGGAAUUGAUUGCUGACAUCGAGUAUGGUUCUGCCUAACCAACAUCACUUAGCUUGAUUACUGAGAGCAAAUUGUUGCAAUCUGUGGCAUGACCUGGAUGAAAGUCUUUGAUACAUUUGGGCAGUCAUCCUGGUUUUUUGGCCCUUUGGUCCUGUAUCUCUCUCCACAACAUUCAGCUGAUCCGCAGUUCCUGAAUGCAUUUGUUUAUGCUCUUCACACUUGAAAGAUGCUAACUUCAUUACAUGCCUUAAGGUUGCAAAUGCUUGCAAAAAUCUUGAAGUCUGCUCUGCAGGAUGUUUAUGCAGAACCGACACGGUUGUGAAAAGCACAGCCGGUACAAACAGAUGAAGUAAACUGACAAAUUUUGAGGUCCGCAAUGUACGGGUUAGUUAACUGAAUAUUCUUUCUUUUCUUUGUUGCCGUUUUGUGUCGGCAAAGAUUAGGUGAUUUUCUUCCAUAAUUCUGUAUAGAAAAGGAAGAAAAGAGUACAGAAUUUGUUUUUAAGGGAAAAUCUCAUAGCAUAGGAAUUGUGAUGUUAACUGACUUUGUACAUACACCUUCUUCAGGUUCAGUAUCCUGUGGAAUCAUAGAAUUCUUUCACAAUGUUCUAAAGCUUUGUUCUUAAAAAGAAAAGAAAAGAAAAAAAAUCCAGAGAUUUGAAAUUCCAA